GUCCCUCUGUAUGGCUUCCGAAUACUGCUGCCUCCACCGCCACCCUGCGCCAUGUGCCACUUUCAGGUCUCCUUACACUGUGGUGGGUUCCAUUUUGUGAUAGGGUGCUGCCUCUGUAUGGCCUUCAAUUUUAGCUGCUUACGCUCCGCCACUCUGCCAUGGGCCCCUGUACCGCUCCUCAUGCUGCUUGCCAGGUCCAGAGUGUGUCAUGGGUCCCUGUACGGCCUCCCAUUGCUGCUGUCUCCAUCGCCACACUCUGCCAUGUGCCACUUUCAGGUCUCCUCACACUCCUGCUGGGUUCCAUUUUGU